GCACUAAGGCAACCUGAACAUUCCAACUUUCAUUUGAAAAAAUCAUACCUUUAUUCAUGUGAACAACCUACGCAGAUUUUCGUGACGUUUUACACAACCAUGUGCUCACACGCACAAUAGCAAAUGGCGGAACACAUGGAGACCACACAGACAAGUUCAGACACGGCCAGUGCCACCAAAACGCCAAAUGGAAAUGUUGCACCAGAGGAGAUGACAUCAAAAGAUUAUUAUUUUGAUUCCUAUGCACAUUUUGGCAUCCAUGAGGAAAUGUUGAAAGAUGAAGUUAGAACUUUGACGUACAGAAACUCAAUGAUCCAUAACAAACAUUUGUUUCGUGGAAAAGUAGUCCUUGAUGUCGGCUGUGGAACAGGAAUACUCUGUAUGUUUGCAGCUAAAGCAGGGGCUUCAAAGGUCAUUGGUAUUGAAUGCUCUGGUAUUAUAGAGUAUGCACAGAAAAUUGUUGAUGCAAACAAGUUUUCUGAUGUGGUAACUCUGAUCAAAGGAAAGGUGGAAGAGGUACAAUUACCUGAUGGUAUUGAAAAAGUAGACAUCAUCAUCAGUGAAUGGAUGGGCUAUUGUCUCUUCUAUGAAUCUAUGUUAAACACAGUUAUCUUUGCCAGGGACAAAUGGCUGAAUCCAGGUGGUAUGAUUUUCCCAGACAGAGCUACAUUGUAUGUAUGUGCCAUUGAAGAUAGGCAAUACAAAGAUGAGAAAAUCAAUUGGUGGGACAACGUAUAUGGCUUUGAUAUGAGUUGUAUCAGAAAGACCGCCAUUGCAGAACCUUUGGUAGAUGUAGUUGACCCUAAUAUGGUUGUUACCAAUGCCUGUCUUGUCAAAGAGGUUGACAUAUAUACAGUACAGUUAGAUGACCUGUCUUUCACAGCUCCUUUUCACCUUCAGUGCCGUAGAAGUGAUUAUAUUCAUGCUCUUGUCACAUAUUUCAACAUUGAAUUUACAAAAUGUCACAAACGAACUGGCUUCUCAACAGCACCAGAAGCACCAUACACCCAUUGGAAACAGACAGUAUUUUAUUUUGACCAGUUAGAUCUGACUGUCAAGAAAGGAGAAGAAUUAUAUGGAACAUUAAGUGUGAAACCAAAUAAAAAUAAUGUGAGAGAUCUUGAUUUUGAAAUAGAUGUUGACUUCAAGGGAGAAAUCUCAGCAAUGAAGGAGUCAAUGGUCUACAAAAUGAGAUAAACAGUAAGGAGUGAACCUACGGCUGAUAAAAUCACGGCCGUGCUGAACUCUGCGUGGUCCCUUUGUGUUCUUGUUGAGCAGGAACAAAAGUUACUGGAAUGUGUGUUUGAACAUCAAUACAAAGAGCCAGAUCACCAGCUCAAAUGUAGAAACUAAAAACUAGAAUAUUUUUAAUAUUGUAUACUCUUAAUUUUUUACAUCAACAGUUCUUGUUUUAUGAAACGAUGAAAAAAUUAUGAAAAAAAAUAAUUUUAUAUUUUAUGUCAGCACUGAAAUAAUAUGUUUUGCUUGUUAAUGGAUUUUCUUGUAAAUGUAUGUAUACUUUCAAAGGUUGUGUUAGACAAAACUCUCUUAUUUUGUGAAUAUCAUGAUCGAAAUUAACCAGUUAGUUGCAUAUAUGUCUGUUCAAGAGUCCAAAACAAGGAAUUACUUUGAAUUUGCUCUGUAGGCCAGUUGAAAUUUCUUGCCUUCCUGUUCAAAAGGGUGAUUGCUGACCCAUUUUCUGACCCUGAACAAAUUUACUGGUCUAAAAGGGCUUUUAUUGUAACCCUUUCAGUCAAACUUCAAAUGUUGCGUCAUAAAUGAAAUAAAUAUGAUGAAUUAUGCAAGUAAUUCCUGAAUUUGAUCUGUCCGGAUGUAACAGUAGAUGUGACAUAGUUUUGUGAUAAAAACAGUCAUUCAGGAGUUAAUGUUUUGGAUCCCCAGUUCAACAUUAGUUUAAUUCAGUGCAUAUACUUAAAUGACAUGACAUUAAAAUGACAAUGACUUCACAGUAUGUUUGUACUGUUGUAUUGAAAAUAGUACCGGUAACUGUGUUAUAUAAAUCAUACUUGUCUAUUUACUUAGUUUGAAUAUGUCAGUAUUGUUUUAUAACUUUGAACAAAUUGCAUGUACAUGUACUAGAGAAAUCCUGAGUGUAUUGGUAGCAGAUUGAAGGAAAGACACUGGCUUGUUGAUGUGCAAAUGUAGAUAUGUAUCAUUUAUAUAUAUUAAGACAUUUUGCUUAAAUUUAGACAUAAAAUGUGAGUAAAUCAGAAAUACUGACAUGGUGUAUUUUAUAACUACCUGUUGUCAUUGAAAACUUAGACCAGCAACCAUUUAUCCUGACUAUCUUGAAAAUUCUGGGUAAUGGAUAAUGCUCACUUCAAAAUUGUCAGUUCCUUACAAAACAAAACCUGCAUAGUAUAAUUAAAGGUGAAUUUGAUACAUUUUACCCUUUGUAACAUUUUGAAAUGUAUUUUGUAAAUCAGGGUUGAUUGUUACCUGAUAUUUGACCUGGCACUCAAUUCAUUGCUUCUACAUUAUAUCAUUGUCAUUUCAUGUUUAUCAAUUUCAUAUAUCAUGCCUCUAUAAGCAAAUGAAUUAAAAAUUACAAAGGCUU